CAAUCAGACAGAGGAGAAAUUAAGGGUGCUCAAAUUGCAGAAAGCUAAGCAUCAGUUGAGUUGCGUGGCUGCCUCUCUUGGUUAGAUUGGUUUUGGUUCAGGUGGCAGCCAUGGCAACUGUUACACGUGUCACCAAGAUAAUCCAUCAUUCAGCCAUUGAUCCCAGCUCCAUUUUCACCAGCUGUUUCCGUAAUUCAUUGGUCUUCGUUUGCUAUUUGGUGCUUGUGCUUUCUUCAAACAUUUCUCCCUCUUUCGGGCUUUUUGAAGAUGAAAACAGAGGGAGUGAUUUGUACCCAGAAAUUUUGAGGGAUGAAGUUGUGGCAAGACUCCAUCAGCUUGGAGGGGUAAGUGAUGGUGAUGGAUAUCUUGAGAGGACAUUCAUGAGCCCAGCGGCUGUGAGGGCAGGAAAUCUUAUCCGGGAAUGGAUGGAAGAUGCGGGUUUGAGAACGUGGGUUGAUUCCUUGGGAAACGUACAUGGUCGAGUUGAGGGAAGGAAUGCUAGUGCUGAAGCUCUGUUAAUGGGUUCCCAUUUGGAUACUGUUGUUGAUGCUGGGAAAUUUGAUGGUUCAUUAGGCAUCAUUUCUGUGUUAGCUGCAUUAAAGGUUUUGAAUAUCAAUGGGAAGUUGGGAGAACUAAGCCGGCCAGUUGAGGUAAUAGCAUUUAGUGAUGAAGAGGGAGUAAGGUUUCAGUCUACAUUCUUAGGCAGCGCUGCUGUAGCCGGAAUUUUGCCAGUUUCAGCACUUAAAAUAACCGAUAAAAGUGAUUUAACAAUUCAAGAUGCUCUUAAGAAGAACUCCAUAGAAAUUACAGAGGAGAACUUGUUGCACCUCAAAUAUGACCCGAAGUCAGUCUGGGGUUAUGUUGAGAUUCAUAUUGAACAAGGACCUGUACUAGAAUGGGUUGGCUUUCCUCUAGCAGUGGUUAAAGGCAUAGCUGGACAGACACGACUAAAGGUUACAAUGAGAGGCUCUCAGGGGCAUGCUGGAACAGUGCCAAUGUCUAUGCGACAUGACCCUAUGGCCGCUGCCGCUGAAGCGAUUGUGUUAUUAGAAAGUUUAUGUAAACAUCCUCAAGAUUUUCUGUCUUUUGAUGGCCAUUGUAAAAGUUUCUCAAUGGAAUCACUUUCUACUUCACUAGUUUGUACUGUUGGAGAGAUAUCAACUUGGCCGAGUGCAAGCAAUGUCAUUCCAGGCCAGGUAACGUUCACCGUAGAUUUGCGCACUAUAGAUGAUAUGGGACGUGAAGCUGUUGUUUAUGAAUUUUCUAACCGAAUGUAUCAAAUAUGUGAUAAACGUUCAGUUUCUUGUACAAUUGAUCGUAAGCAUGAUGCAGAUGCAGUCAUUUGUGAUUCUGAGUUGAGUUCAAAGCUAAAGUCUGCAACUUAUAUUGGACUCAAGAGAAUGACAGGUGCUGCCAUUCAGGAUGAAAUUCCUGUUGUGAUGAGCGGAGCAGGACAUGAUGCAAUGGCUCUGUCUCAUUUAACCAAGGUGGGAAUGCUUUUUGUGCGCUGUCGAGGAGGCAUAAGUCACUCCCCUGAAGAGCAUGUAUUGGAUGAUGAUGUUUGGGCGUCUGGUUUGGCAAUUUUGGCCUUCAUAGAGACUCAGAUGUGAAGUGGAAAAUUUGUUGACAUUAGUGUACAGUAGUAGAACAUCUUAAUAAUGUAGUAUAUGAUGAUAUUUGCCAUUUUGUCUAUAGUUUUUUUUCCUGCUAUUAUGGGAUCAUAUGCUCUGCAAUUUGAA